AUGGCAAUGAGAAAAUGGUUGGUUCUGCUUGCAAAAGAACCACUGUGGGUCAAGGGUGUUCACCGUUAUGGUCAAAGUGAGGUCGUCCUCGUCGUCAGGGUUGAAUUGACUGAACCCUGUAUCAAGCCCAUCUGCGGGAAUGCAUGGGUUUUCCAGGCUGGAUUGUGUGAGCGUGUGAUUGAGACUGUGGAACUCGAACAUGAUUCUAUCUCCGAUAUUGGCGUUCAAUUGGCGCGGCACAAACACACGGUUCCGACCACCGACAGCGACGUGGUGAAUGUUCUGAUCAUUGUCGCCCCCCACCUCAAAAGUGAACUCCUGGUCCAGGCUUCCAAAUGUCAGAUCAGCAUGAAUUAG